AUGCUGGCGGACGUGCUGGAACAAGCAUACGAUCUCAGAAUGCUCUCUCUUUGGUCCUUAGCCACACUUGCCGAUCCCAUCUGUACUCCACGAAUUUGCGCAGCUCUGUCGAGACUGCCAUCGCUGACAGAAGCGAACCUCCACUGGAUAUCGCCCAGCUCAUUGCAGGUCAUACGUAGCUUGCCGACAGGUCUGCGGAAGCUUACUCUCGGCAAAAUCAGUCCCAUCAUAUCAUUCGAGGAAGCUCUCAUGUCGCUUGCACCGCUUCAGUCUCUCGAAGCCGUGAAACUCUUGGAUAUGGACUGUGAGCCCGCGUUGUCUGGCAAACACGGGCGGUUAAUCCAAUUAGGCAGAGUAAAGUCUCUCUCAGUGACACGAACUCGGUUCUCAGAUAUCAUCCCGAUCCCUCUUUUCAUGUGGACCUUUCCCAACGUUCGACAUCUAGAAAUGUGGGCGGCAGUUUGUCCAAUACCCUUCGAUCGCCCUCAUGUGACAGUGGUCGACGGGCGCACAUCGCUCUGGUCGCGCUUGGAAUCUAUUCGCGGCGGCUACAUCUUCUUCAAGGACUGUCAUGUUAAUUAUCCCGUACACCAACUACAUUGGGAUCGUGAUCCAAUCUGGGAUUGCAAUUCGCGCAAACUCGCACUAAGGAUGAUAUGCUCAAUGUACCCUGUCGUGCUUUCCAUGUCUGUGUGUGGAGAGGCUACUGUGGAUGCCGGGUUUAAUUUCUGGGCGGAGGUCGCCGUAGGUCUCAGGAGACUCAAAACACUGGAUUUAACGAUCAAAGACAUUUUCUGCAAGAUGAGAUGGGUUGGAUAUAUUACGUUGCUCUCCACGGCUCUCGCCACUUGCGAAGUUAUGUGCGUUCGCUUGUGGAUCGUCGAUCCACUCUCUAGCGCCACUUCGACGUCGGAGGACAGUUCUCUUCCAAUUCCUAUCUCAGAGACCUCGGAUCUGCUAGUAUUCCCCGAGCUUCUUAUGAGAAAUGUCCCUUCUCUGAGAUUGAUUUCCCUCUGCGCCAGAGACCAGUCAUCCGGAUGUGAAUAUUCCGAGCACGAUAAGGAGGUCUCUUGGUGGCGGGUCACCGGGAGCAACAGCUCACGGGCACUGGAGGAGGUCCCAAGGGAGAUCGGGGAACGAGCGAUGUCGUACAUGCAAUCAGAAGGGUGUGAUUUUGACGCUGUUCCCGGUCUGGAAGCCUAA